AUGAGUCUUGUUUAUGGUGCAUAUGGGGGCACUACAGCUCUAGGGGUCGUGGGACUUUAUCUACUAUUCACUGGAGAUGGGGAAGCCUUCAAUGUUGGACAAUUUUUAGAGAGCGUAUCGCCAUAUGCAUGGGCAGAUCUAGGCAUUGGUCUCUGCAUUGGGCUAUCAGUUGUUGGGGCAGCAUGGGGAAUUUUCAUCACCGGCUCCUCGAUCCUCGGCGGCGGUGUCAAGGCACCUCGAAUAAGAACAAAGAACUUGAUAUCGAUUAUCUUUUGCGAAGUCGUGGCAAUUUACGGCGUCAUCAUGGCCAUCGUAUUCUCCUCAAAACUGCAAAUGGUUGAGGGAGAAGCUGCCUACUCAGCCUCCAAUCAGUAUACUGGGUACGCUCUUUUUUGGUCGGGCCUCACAGUUGGCAUGUGCAACUUGAUAUGUGGUGUCUCGGUGGGGAUCAACGGGAGUAGCGCAGCACUGGCCGAUGCUGCGGAUCCAAGUUUAUUCGUCAAAGUACUUGUUAUAGAGAUCUUCAGCUCUGUCUUGGGAUUGUUCGGGCUUAUCAUCGGCUUACUCGUAUCUAGCAAAGCACCAGCAUUCACAGCUUAG